AGGCGUGGUGGGUACGCGACAUUUUGCUGGUUAUCGACUUGUGUGCCUCUGGCGUUGUGUUUGGUGGUUUUUCGUGUGCGUUUUGGGGCACCCGGUCUCGUGUUUUAUCGGACGCGUCUCGUAGAUAUGUGAAAGGGGGCAGGCGAAGUGCCCCAUAAUGUUCGUAUACAGGUGAAGUGGGCCCCAUGUGGAUCGACCAUGGACGCAGAAACUAAGCAGAGGCACCGGCGAAGAAAAAGGGCUUUGCGUAUGGCUCAGGCCCAGCGCGAAAUGGCCAAAGAAGGGGAUAGUGGUGAGGAUGACUCUCCCGUUAGGGAGAAACCCCAGCGGCCCCCAAACAGACGUAAAAAAUCAAAGGAACCCCUCGUCGAAGAGGACAUCAUAGAUGGCUUUGCCAUACUUGGAUUUAAAUCUUAUGAGGACUUGGAGUUGGCGCUAAAGAUUCAAACCAAGGAGAACGUGAAAAGACUGGUAGACGUCGAGAGGCCGAAACUCGACCCCAUAAGGCCACACAUCAUAACGCACCACAUCUCCGCGCACCACGCACACGGUCUAACGUUACAAGAUCCUGCCACAAGCGAUGAUAGUGGUAGAGCGUCUGAAAGACUUACAAGUUCCUCAGUGGCUCCCAGAGACGCUGACAGCUCCAGGGAUAGACUUAGUGAUGCGAGCAGUCGCUGCAGUUCUGGCAAAGGAUAUAUCUGUGAUAGCGAGGGGGAUGACGAUAAGGGUUCCGAUGCGAGUUCGGUGAUAUUCGGUUCAGCCCCGGCGUCUCGGAAACACGAGUUUCCGGGUGCUUUACCUCCGAGCCUCCCUUUGAGCAAUGGAACGAGUAACUCCCCGGUGCCGGCGCCGACGCCCCCCGACUUGCCGGCACCGCUUCCGGCACCCGCGCAACUUCCUCCACCGCCUCCGCAACAUACGGCGGCAUCGGCCGCCGUUAGGAUAGAAGAAAAACCACCCCCACCGAUCCCACAAACGAUAUCUAGGGCUAUAUCACUUGAUAAAAAAAUUACGGCAACUGCAAUGGAUAUUCAAUUAACGGGUGCUCCAAAUUCACCGGUAACAAUCGGCGGACCCGGAGUGCCACCACAACAACCGCAACAACAACCGGCUCCGGCAGUGCCAAUGUUGCCACCCCACGAUUUGGCGCCAACAUCAAAUCGGUCCAGAACGGAAAGUCCGGCGGUCGCAACAUCUGCACCGGCUUAUCACGCUCCUUAUCAACCCCUUUACACACCGUACUCCCAAACACCGUAUUCGGCCCCCGUACACCAACCACCGGCGACUGUUACCGCUGUUGUUACGACUUCCGUUCCAACGGUUCAAGCGGUACAUCCGGUUCAUCCGGCAACGGUGGUCAGUAGGACCGCAUCAUCACCAAGGGGGCAUUCGCCGACGAGGGAAAGGGAAAGUUACAGCAGCAACGUAAGCAGUUUGAGUCGGAGCAGUGUAGCGACCCCGCAAGGAACAUCAAGUGGUAUUCCUCAACCCCAACCGGGUCAACCGACGCCAGCAGCCACCACGGUGUCUUCGUCUAGUCUAAGCUUAAAUAAAGUGUGGUCGGGGGCGGCUCAAGCCACUCAAUUGAGCCCCGCGCCUCCGCCUCGACCAACCCCGCCACUACACCAAUCGUUCACGCAACCGCCGAUGUUCGCAGCACCGCUUCCGCCAUCGUCUUCGGUGGCGCGAGCGUCGCCGUUAGCACCGACGGUGGCAUCGCAACCGCCCGCGUCGUCUGCUCCAAAUCCGAACCCGUUUUCUGCCGAGAAUCUCUUCCAAACGAACCAAGCGGACAUGCUUCGGAGGGAAUUGGAUAAUAGGUUUUUGGCGACGCAGGAUCGUUCUUUGAAUGUGGCGCCACCGCCGUAUCUUCGGACGGAAAUGCACCAACAUCAACACCAUCAUACGCACGUUCAUCAACAUACGACGAGUCUUUUACCACCACCACCAGCGUCUACGUUGUUUCCUUCUCCUUUGUUCAAGGACAUCCCAAAGUUGGGCUCCGUGGAAUCGCCUUUCUACCGUCAAAAUAUGGCUAUGUCCAAUUACCCGGGGUACACUCCUAGUCUUCUACACCCAGGCCUAACGGCCGGGCCCACACCGUUUGUGCCCCCUAAUCAUUUGGGACCAUUCCAACCAAAAGCGAUAGUGCCCGACCCCAGCAAACCCAAACCCACGAAAACGGGCAAGUGGAACGCGAUGCACGUGCGGAUAGCGUGGGAGAUUUAUCAUCACCAACAGAAAAGCGGCGAAGUCAAAUCUGGUCCAGCCAAAGAUCUAUUACGACCACCGACGCAUCUGUUUUCACCCAGUGUACAUCCGACACGACCACAUGAUCUAUCAUCGUUUCCCCCCUCGCUGCCUCAUCGACCACCAACUUACGACCAACCACCACACCACAGUUCCUUAUUUACAAGUCCUGCCUCACAUAUAGGUAGAUCAACAAUAUCUCCAUUCACCCGUUAUGGUACAACUGGUUUUAGUCCAGCGGGUGCUUCUCCUUUUGGAGUAUCGCCGUUCGCCGGCGGAAGAGAUUUGGGGUUGCAAUUACACGAUCCCUGGCGGAGUCUCCAACGGACAGUGCCAACAUUUCCUAGUGUUAGUGCCCUACCACCUAGUUUACCCGGAUUACCACCUCCCGCUCCGUGGGCAAUGAAACCUGAUCCACUCAUCGAACAACGGGAACGAGAAGAACGCGAACGACAGGAGAGGGAACGGGAAAGACUUCGAAGGGAACGGGAGGAACGCGAAAGGAGGGAGAGGGAAGAAAAACAAAGACGAUUAGAACAACAGGAGCGAGAACGUGAACGUCGUGAAAAAGAACGCCGCGAACAAGAACGAUUAGAACGAGAACAACGUGAACGCGAACGACUUCUCCAUCAGCAACGCCUCGAAUCGUCAAAAGCCCUAAAUCCAGUUCUACGCGAUCGAUCCCCACACAGAAAUGGUCUUUUGGAUCACGGGGAAGUCGUUCGAAUUAAAGAGGAACCUCGCUCGAAGGAAGAGGAACUCGCCCGCGUAACCGACCCCCGCUACCAUCCGUACCUGCGUCCACCAGCUCACGCGAUGCAACCCCCAAUGUUGGAUCGGGCACGUAUGCUUAGUCAAACAUUGGGUCAUCCGUACCAACCGCCAACUUCCCAUUGGCCCCCGCCGCCUCCCGCGGACGCGUUUUACCGAUACGACCACCUGAGAUACAAUCCGCUGAUCGACGCGAUGCGAGCGGAAGAGGAACGCGCGAAACUGUUCGGUGGGUAUGCGCCGCAUCCGGCGCAAUUACGGACAAAAGACCCCGCGUUGAUGCAUUUGAGGGGCCCCGGGCCGCCCCCACCUCUUGCACAUAAAUUGUGCGCGACACCUCCCACUGAUUUACACAAAAAGGAGGAGCCUCGAUAGCAGGAUCGAGGGUUGAGAAUUGAUUUGGAAGGAUCUAAACAACGAGUUGAAAGAUGAAGAUAGAAAAAAGACUUGAAAUGUAUGAGGAUAAUUUAUUUUUUUUUUUUUUCGAAUUGGAAAGAUAUUUUUUUAAAAACAAUUUAAAUUUAUUUUUUU